AUGGUGCUGGUGGCCUUGCUUGGACUCAGCUGGUUCUGUUCACCCUUGGGAGCGCUGGUUCUGGAUUUCAACAACAUCAAGAGCUCCAUGGAUGUGCAAGGCGCUGGGAAGGGCUCACAGUGUGUAUCAGACAAGGACUGCAACGUAGGAAGAUUCUGCUUCGCGCUGCAUGAGGAAAAGUCAUUCUGUGCCACGUGCCGCAGAAUUCGCAGGAGGUGCCAGAGGAGCGCCAUGUGCUGCCCGGGAACCAUUUGUGUGAAUGAUGUUUGCACUGCAGUGGGAGACACAAGGCCAGCAAUGGGCGGAAACACUGAUGGUCAAGAUGGCGCCUCUGCAGAAGAAACCGCUAAAUGGCCAGCGGAAGAAAACAGACCCCAGGGGAAGCCCACUGCUAAGAAAUCACAAAGCAACAAUGGACAGGAGGGAGAAAGCUGUCUUAGAACUUCCGACUGCGGCCCUGGACUUUGCUGCGCUCGCCAUUUUUGGACAAAAAUUUGCAAGCCGGUUCUACAAGAAGGACAAGUUUGCUCCAGGAGAGGACAUAAAGACACUGCCCAAGCCCCAGAAAUCUUCCAGCGCUGUGACUGUGGUCCUGGACUAGUGUGUCAAAGCCAGGUGACUGGGAACCGACAACACACAAGGCUAAGAGUAUGCCAAAGAAUAUGAGUUGUAAAAAUAGAAUCCCAGACACUAUUUAAUUUUAUUAUUAUUAUUAUUAUUAUUUGUAUUUUGUUUUUUUGAGACAGGAUCUCACUGUGCAACCCUGGCUGGGACGGAACUUGCCGUCAACCCGGCUGGCCUUGAACUUACAGAGAUCUGCCUGCCUCUACCCUCCUGGGUGCUU